AUGAUCAUGUUCAAUAUUGAAUUAUUUGAUCUGGAUCAAAACUCAUUCAUAGAUCUCAUAAUGAAUAGAUCGAUACCAUUGAAACCAAUGAAAGAACCUGAAUUAUUUGAUAUAACAAAUCAAUUAAAAUUAUGGGCAAUUAAUAUGUAUCAUUUAACAGCAACAAAAGAUCAAAAGAAAUAUGAUCCAAUUGAAUUAAUAUUACGUAUUCUAUGGGAUGAUAUACAUGUGAAUAAUGAGAAACCAGAAUAUUAUGAUAAUAAUCGAAUAAAAUUACCUAAAUCUAAUAUAUUAUUCUCUACAACAUUUAAAAAUAAUACAGAUUCUGAACAAGAAUAUAAUUUUCAUACAGAACGUUGUACUCGAUCAAUCAUUGAAAUUGAAAUACAAAAAGGUGUGAUAUUAACAAAAGAAUUAUCAUUGAAAUUAGCGUUGCCUAAUUCAAUUCUCGAAGCAAAUGCUGGAUUUAAACAUGAAAUUUCAAUUGGAUCAUCAACAAGACAAUCAACUGAAGAAGAACUUGCAUGGGGUGUAGAUACACGUAUUACAGUACCACCAAGACAUUCUGCUUUCGCUGAGGUAAAAAUUGAAGAAGAAGAAAUGAAUUGUUGUUUUCGUUUAAAAACAUCAAUGUAUGGACGAAUACGAAUAUUAUUCUUAGAUCCUAUACAUGAUAAUACAUUAAUUAAAUAUGUUGAAGGUGACUUAGGUACAAUUAUACAAGAAUCAUUAAAAUCUGAUCGUUUUAAACAAAAUAAUCAUGAACAAAAUUCUUAUUUAUGGACUGAAUCAAUGGCAAAUUCAAAUCAACGUAUAUUUUAUAUAGAAACAAUAGGAAAAUGUAAAUUUCGUUUUGGUGUACAUCAAUUUGUUGAAGUUAAUCAAAAAGUACAUUUAGAAAAUAAUUAUAAUAAUAAUAACUGA